GUUGCAUCGCGCCAUUAUCUAAAAUAAUAAAACAAAAAUUACCCUAAAAUCUCUCCGCCUCAUCUUCGACGACUCCCUCUCUUUGUGCGCCUCACCCUCAGUCCCUCUCUUCCGUCCACUUCUCAGUUCUCAUCGUCGGCGCCGAUCUCCACCACCCUUCUCUCUCCCUUUCUUUGGCAGUCGGCACCACCCACACAGUUCCUUUUAGAUGAAGAAUCGGACCCCAAGCGAGGAUCGAAAAGGAAAGGGAAUUGGUGUCCCUGAUUCAGUAAACAUGAAGAGAAGGAAUCAGAACCCCAAUAACACGAGGAAAGGCCUUUCACUCGAAGCCUUCGCCCAUGCCCGAUCGAACAGAAGCCACUACAAUCCAGCUUCAAUAAAGAAGCAGCAGGAGUUCUAUAAAAAUGCUAAAUAUGUGAGCAAGUUUAAAAAGUCAAUGAAACAGCAAGGUCUUUCCUCUGCUUCGAUGCCCAGCGAGGUUGAAAUGAAUAAGAAAAACAAGAAGAGCCAGAACAAAACGAAAGUUAGUUUGAGAGAAAUAUAUGAAAAGAAGCGCGAAGAGGAGGAAAAGGCAAGAAUGGAAAAAGAAGCAGCUAUUCAGGCGAAGAAAGAAGAAAUAGAUAAAGCCAAUGCUCAGAGAAAGGCUACUAGGGAAAAGAUGUUUAAGAAGACACGUUCAGGGCAACCUGUUAUGAAGUAUAGAAUUGAACAUCUCUUGGAAACGAUUCAAGGUUCCAAAAUCUAUAGUUAAACAUCUCUGGAGAUAGAAUUUAGCUUUUGUAUUUUGACUAUAUAAUUACUAGUUUAAUCAGUUUUCACUAAUCUUAAUUGCUAAACUUCGUUUGGUAUUAUGGUAUACAUGUAUUGUCAACUUUUUGCAUGAACUAAAGUUUUGAUGCUGUAGCUUUUUAAUAGAGAGAGCAAAGAGUUAAUGCUAUACAAUUAAAUUUUGAUACAA